GUCGCGGGCGCGGUCGCGGCGACGCUUGCCGAGAUCGAGCGCCGCGGCGCCGCCGGCCUCGCGCCCUCGGAUUUCCCGGAUGCCGCCGGCGAGUCGCAGGACAGGGACGGGUCGCUCUUCGACGAGCUCACCAGGCUGUGCCUCGCGCGCGUGUGCUUCGUCACCGGGAACGUGGUGCUCGCAGAGAGCGGGCCCCAGGACCUGCCCGGCGACCAGCCCAGACCGCUGUGA